AUGCUUUACUUCAUCACCCCGACCGGCCAUGGCCUCCGCGAGCUUGAUAUCGAGCUCAUGAAGCGCCUUGCCCCCAGGGUCAACGUCAUCCCCGUUAUUGGCCGGGCCGACUCGCUUACUCCCGCCGAACUCGCAGAGACGAAGAAGCUUGUGAUGGAGGAUAUCGAACACUACCGCAUUCCCGUUUACAACUUCCCUUACGAUAUUGAGGAGGACGAUGAGGACACAGUGGAGGAGAACGCCGAGCUCAGAGGUCUUAUGCCAUUCGCUAUUGUCGGAUCGGAAGACAUCAUCGAGAUCGGAGGUCGUCAGGUUCGCGCCCGCCAGUACCCUUGGGGUGUCGUCGAGGUUGACAACCCGCGUCACUCCGAUUUCUUGGCUAUCCGGUCUGCGCUUCUCCACAGCCACCUUGCUGACUUGAAGGAAAUCACCCACGAUUUCCUCUACGAAAACUACCGUACCGAGAAGCUCAGCAAGAGCGUCGAGGGUGGUGCUGGGGUCGACUCUUCGAUGAACCCUGAGGACCUUGCGUCACAGUCUGUUCGCCUCAAGGAGGAACAGCUGCGCCGUGAGGAGGAGAAGCUCCGCGAAAUCGAGGUCAAGGUUCAACGCGAGAUCAACGAGAAGCGCCAGGAGCUCCUGGCCCGCGAAUCCCAGCUCCGCGAGAUCGAGGCCCGGAUGCAGCGCGAGGCUGCCGCUGCGGCUGCCGCCCAACAAGGGACUCCUUCCAACCACUCGGAGCCCAAUGGCAACCCAGAGUAAACCCCAUGAUGGUAUCAGGUUAUCGAAGUUUCACGGCUGUCAUACCGAUAUGGCGAAACUUCGAAACUUUCUAGGCGACCUGAUCUUUCUGUGCAGGCGUUGGUUCUUCUGUUGUGUUUAGAGACAAAAUAUUCCCCCCCCGCUGCUUCUGCAAUUUUUUUUUUUACCAAGACGAUACUAGCUCCAGCCCAAGGCCAUGAAUGUGACGAGAAACAGAGGACGAUGGAGCACGCCCGUAAUGGCAGUGACGAAGAGUGACUGGAAAAGGGGUGCGUGAUAGGCUGGCGGAAAGGGCACAGGGUUCACGCGGAAGUCAUCAAGGGAAGGCAUAGAUGGUGUCGGCUGGAUAUCAGGUUAGGUGACGAGGUCAAAUUUGGUAGUUCUCUUUUUGGUUCCAGCCGACGCCAUAACAGGGGGUGAGGCAACGGAAGCAUGGGCCCCGUAAUGCAGAGGAGGGAGGGUUCUUUGGGAGGUGGCCAGGCUGUUGUUCUUUCCGUCACGUCUGUCAGCAUCAGCUUGCUGGUUAUACCCUGAGUCGGCCACUUACUAUCUGACUCGCUUUAUUUUCCUUUUUUUCUACUAUUGGACUUCUAAUGCAGAUAUCACCUAAAUUAAGUUUUCAUCUCGACGAUUUGUACUCUCUUAACAACGCUGACUAUCCACCCCU